AUGCCCACAUUGACGACGUUCACAGUGCUCAUUUUGAUUGCACAUUACGCGUAUUCUGAUGUCGAUUCUGUUGCAAAGGAAACUCUGCCGACAAGGGCUCCGAAACCGCGGCACGGUGUCGAUUUCUUGGGACCACUAUGGCUGUCGAGAACAUAUAAAAUCACAUGUUGCCGACGCGGCACUCCUAUCGCCGAGAAUCCCAAGCUAGUGAGCAAUUGGACUGAAACUGCAUUGGAUUAUGCUGUCGAUGAGAGCGUCGUCGGCACAAAUCGCGAUGAUCACUGCCGAGUGUUCCAAGGAACAUUCCUUCUUUCAGCCGCAGCCCUUUACAAUUCGAGUUUCAUGGGAUACGGUGUCCAAUGCAAAUGUCCCGAAUCGGACCAGCAGCUCGAUCAGCACUGCCGUCAACUUCCACCAUGCCAAAACGAAGGCUACCGUAGUCAAUCGAUGGGCCGUCGAUGCUCGUGCCCGCAGCCGUAUUUUGGCGAGUUUUGCGAAAAGGUUUGCGAUCAAGGACAAGUGCUCGUCGGCAUCGACGGACACAGUUACUGUAGUUGCUUGCCAUUCUAUCAAGGAGAGACGUGCGAGGAUCUCGUGUGUUUGAACGGAGGUUUCGAGAUGAGAGGACGAUGCAGCUGCCCUCACAACUUCCUAGGAUACCAUUGCGAGAUUGACACGAAUCGAACGAGGUCAAACUCGAGAUUCCAGCGAUACGGACAACAAAACAAUGAAAACGGCGAACUGUUCAGUCGUGAUAUUUCGGGAACCGUGUUCAGCCUCGUCAUGAUCAUCGUUCUAGUGGUCUCAAUGUACCUUCUAAUGAAGCAUCGCAUGCAGGUGCAAUCGCAAUUCGCCAACUCUCGAAGAGAAGAAAUAAAUCGCGCCGCAGCGAUUUACGGUGCAGAACGCGGUGGUGGUGGAACGACAAUCAGUCGUGACGACAUGAGGAUUCUGCCAUUCGUUUCAGCUGGAAUCCAACCGCCGCCGCCAUAUCAGCCAGCCAGAACUCGAAGGGUUCCAGAGAAUCUUCCGCCAUUGCCAUCUUAUGAGGAUGCAACAAAGGACACAAUCAUUACAUCAACGUCUGCUGGAAUCGAAAUGCAACCUCGCACAUCACCAACGACCGAGGGCAGCAAUCGAGAGGGGCAUGCCGAAAAUGAUCACAACACUCCAUCGGGAUCCUCACCUCCUCCACCUUUCUUAGAAUCGGAAACGCCAACAAUCCAUAGGAACGUUUCAACUCGUCGUAGUCUCUAG